GUAUGAUCUGCGAUACUUAAUAGGUAUUGCUUUUUAUAGAAUUAUUGUUGUACUAUUCUUUCUGUCAUUACCGGCAUAAUCUAUCUCUCCCAUUCUAUACCUACUCUUAUUAACAUUGAUAGAGAAUUGCUCCAAACCCACGGUAUUCCAUGGGCAACCCAUCACCGGGAGGCCAUCAACAAGACGAAUACUCUCGAGCGAGACCACGGUUUCCGUACGACUCUUAAGAGAUGUCGCGAUAUAUAACUUCCAUGCUCAACCCUUCGAGCCGUAACCCGCCAUCAUGGUCUGACUCUGCCCCCUCCUACAGCGACUACACACUCGAUGAACGCUUUGAGCCAGCGUCCUCUCCCUCAAUACACCAAGCCACCUCAGAAACUCCCAAGCCACGACCUCUCAGCUCAAACAACCCCUAUAGGCAAUUAUUGGAACACUCACCUCCUCCAGAAGCUGCCUCGGGUAUCAGUCUGUCCACGCCACCUCAACCCGCGACUCAACCCAGCCAUCAAACCCUGCCUGCCUCGCCUACCCAUCCCACCGAACGACGGCAAUCGAGCCUCCCCCCUCAACAAACCCCCGCCGAACUCGCUGAUCUCCAGGCGACGGCUGAAGCUGCACAGAGAGCCCCUGGAUUCCUCUCACUUGACCGCGAUCUCAUCUUUCCCCCUCCUCCGUCUCAAGCUCUUUAUUCUCUGACCUUUGCGCUAUCUGCCAACGGCACAUCGAAUACUGUCCGACGCUCCGUCCCCGCCGUUAUGCGGGCAGAUGGGAGUCAGCGGUCUGAAGUCACCGAUAAGGAUCUCUAUAACAUCCGCCGCGAUCCUAUUUUGAAUUCCUGCUUUACCAUUGAAGGGAAGCGUCGGAGCACAUUCCCAGGGACCUUGACUCUAAGAUAUCAUGCAAACCUAAUCAAAGGCCCGUACUGGGACUGCACGGUGGAGAAAACAGGAGAGUUGCUGAUGCGGGGAAAAGGCGAGGAGUGGAUAGAUGGCCUAGGGCGGACCGUAGGUCGCGAGCCCGAAGGAAUUUGUAUGCGGAGGAAGAAGAGAAAGGCAAUGGAGAAGGAGCAUGAGAAGAGGACUCAGGGCCAAAACGUCGCGUGGAAGCCACAGGUUUUGGAGCUGGUGGGAGAGGGAAGGGGGAGAGCAGGCGGUGAUGAUAAUAGUGAAGACGCCAAAGCUAGGAUUAGGGACUUGCUCGUUACAUGCUGGGUGGCCAAGUGCUGGGAUGCCGAGAGAGUAGCCGCGAUGCCAGAGCAGAGUGCGGCGGAUGGUACGUGGCCUUGUCGGCGUGGUUUUGCCACCUGAUGUGCAGAAGUGGAAAUAAUACUAACGUAACCUAGGUUCACUUUGGAAACGAAGGUCUGAAGUUGCCCGAGGAACUGGUAUAUUAUUCUAAUUGGGAGUAUUCUAGCUUUUUUUCACCUCACCCACCGUUGCGCGCCAUACCCAGUCCGAAUGAUGCUAGAUAGUAGCUAGUAAACGUUUGCUAGUAACUCACUGUUUAAGCUGAAUGUCGUGCUCUUACUUUGUGAUUGUGAAUGUUCUUCCUCUUCGCGAUCCAGGCGAUCCUCCUCCCGUUCGAGCUUCACCCAGUCGGGAUGCUCAGGACCCAUACAGUCACACUUUUCUUUCAAGUUGCGACGAACGCACUCGGCGCACCGCCGUGAAUCAUUUGGAGACGACACGCAAGUAAUGUUUCGCCUCACGCAGUUCGAGCAAGAAUCCAUUUCGGGUAGUUCGUAUCCGUGGUUCUUUAUUCGACGGACAAGAUCGUUGCGUUCCUGGAGUUUGCGGGCAGUGUCAGUAGGCAUGUUGCAUGUUGAAGGACUCGCUGAGGAGCAGCAGAGUCCCGGGGGCAUGGACGUACUUAUAGGAUUCGAGACGAAUGCCCAGGGGAAGGGAGCGAGUGUUACGACGGAACAAGAAGGCUGGCCAACUACAGGACAGGAAGGAGGGAGGUCGCAUGAGACCGGCCCUGGUACCUGGAGG